CAAUUUUCAAUUUUUCUUUAUUUGUUUAUUUUUGUGGAUGCAGUGGCCGGAGCUGUCUCUCUUCUUCUUCCUGACAAUCUCUUAUUCAUAUCUGAGACCCAAAAGCUGCUUCUGAAUCCUCAUUCCCCAAAACCAAUCACUUCUUUGAUUUCUUAAAAAGCUGCUUUUUUCCUUCCUUUAAGGUUGUGUUUUAGAUUUCACCCUGUUGGGUUUUUUCAUGCUUUUUUUGGGGUUUUGGGUGGUGUUGUGUAUGGAAACAGAAUUAUAUGUGGUCCGUUGAUGUAAAGUUUUAAGCUUUUUGUUUUUUGACUUUUUGGGUCUGUGUUGUUUUUGUAUUCAGAGGAGCUUCUGUUACCAAAACAGAGGCUCUUUUGUUGCUGUUCUGUUUUUGAAUUUUCUGCUGCUGAUCUUGUUGGAAUAGCCCGAGCUUUUCUGAGGCUCGGGGAUCUGAAUUGUCAUGGAGAUAGCAAAGGAAAAGCUGCUGCAGACCAGUGGUGCUGUUGUUGCUGCUGCAGAUGGAGGAGCUGACCCCAAGUCCUGCUACAUGCAGAAGUUCAGGCUCUAUGAGACUCGCUCGAACUUCUAUAUGAUUGGAAGAGACAAAAGCAGAACAUUUUGGAGGGUCUUGAAGAUUAACAGAUUGGAGCCAUCUGAAUUAAACAUCACUGAAGAUUCAACUGUGUACUCAGAAGUUGAGUGUUGUGACCUUCUGAGGCGGAUACAUGAAGGAAACAAGCCAACAGGGGGGCUUAAAUUUGUAACAAAUUGCUAUGGAAUCAUUGGGUUUAUCAAAUUUCUUGAGCCAUACUACAUGCUGCUCAUAACAAAACGAAGGAAGAUUGGCAAAAUAUGUGGGCAUACAAUAUAUGCUAUCUCGAAAAGCGAAAUGGUUCCCAUUCCACAUGCAACUGUGCUAUCCAAAAUGGCACAUUCUAAGAAUGAGAACAGAUACAAGAAGCUUCUAUGCAGUGUGGAUCUUACAAAGGACUUCUUUUACAGCUACUCAUACAAUAUCAUGCUUAGUCUUCAAAAGAACUUAGCUGGUCAUAAUAUUGGACAAUCACUUCAUGAAACAUUGUUUGUUUGGAACGAGUUCUUAACUCGUGGAAUCAGGAAUAAUAUCCAGAAUACUUCAUGGAUAGUUCCCUUAGUAUAUGGCUUUUUUAAACAGGUCAAGCUUUCUAUAUCUGGCAUCGAGUUCGACUUCAUCCUCAUUGCUAGGCGCUCAAGGCAUUAUGCUGGGACCAGAUAUUUGAAACGGGGUGUCAAUGAAAAGGGUAGAGUAGCUAAUGAUGUUGAGACAGAGCAGAUAGUCUUUGCAGAUGCUCAUGAUGGAUCCCCAAUGCAAAUAAGCUCUGUGGUACAGAUCCGGGGUUCAAUCCCUCUGUUCUGGUCUCAGGAAGCCUCUCCAUUGAAUAUAAAACCUGACAUUAUAUUAUCAAGGAAGGACUCUAGUUUUGAAGCCACAAGACUUCAUUUUGAAAACCUUGUCAAGAGAUAUGGAAGUCCAAUUAUUAUAUUGAACUUGAUUAAGACGCGUGAGAAGAAGCCUCGAGAAACUAUUCUGCGAGCUGAGUUUGCUAAUGCUGUGAGGUCUAUUAAUAAAAGUUUGAAGGGGGAAAAUCGCUUGAGGUUCCUUCAUUGGGAUCUGCAUCGGCACUCAAGAAACAAAUCUACCAAUGUGUUGGGACAACUGGGAAAAGUGGCUGCAUAUGCAUUGAAGCUAACUGGCAUCUUCUACUGUCCAGUGACACCGAGUUUGAAGCAGGAUGGAUUAUUCCAAUAUUCUUACUCUGAGAAUAACAAAGUCAUUGAUCACUCUGUCACAGAACAAGCUAGGACUGACAAGGAUAAUAUUGAUGAGCAGACAGAAACUGGCAAUUAUCACUAUAGUGGCAGUGAGAACAAAGAUUACAGCGUCAAACCCCAGAUGCUUCAAGCAGGGGUCUUGAGGACUAAUUGCAUAGAUUGUUUAGAUCGUACCAAUGUUGCACAAUAUGCUUAUGGACUAGCUGCUCUUGGACGUCAGCUACAAGCUCUAGGAUUUGUCGAAUCUCCUUAUAUUGAUCUCGAUAAUCCUCUGGCAAGGGAGCUAAUGACAGUAUAUGAGUCCAUGGGCGACAAAUUAGCCUUUCAAUAUGGUGGCUCUGCAGCACACAAUAAGAUAUUUUCUGAAAGAAGAGGUCAGUGGAAGGCAGCAGCACAAUCCCAGGAACUUAUUCGAACCCUCCAGCGUUAUUACAACAACACAUAUUUGGAUGGUGAUAAACAAAAAGCAAUUAAUAUGUUCUUGGGGCAUUUUCAGCCACAGCAGGGAAAACCGGCACUGUGGGAGCUAGACUCAGAUCAGCAUUACUCUGCUGGGAGUCAUAGCUCAUAUUUAUCUGAGGACAAUGUCAGACCAACUAUUAAAAGAUCGCUUUCAGAUGGAAACUUUCUCGAUGAAAGUGACACUACAAUUAGGAACCUGAAUGUUGCAGAUUAUCAGAACUCAUCUGAAAACCCUGAUAAGUGCGGUCUUUUGGAGUCUAAUUCAGACACCUUUACUGGUGGAAGUUCUAUUUCUCAUUGCAGGCAAAUAUAUGGAGGAAUGGCCAUGAACCAAGAUGGUGAAAUUGAUCACAUUUGUAAUGAUGAACAUGGAGAUGCAUGUGACUGCUCCAAUUUCCUUGAUGUGGACUGGCUUUCAUCUUCUGGAAAUUCUUGCGAAGAGGAAUUACUAGAAAGAUCUCAUGCAAAUACGGGAAGAAAUAGUUUGACUUUGGAAGAGAUAAUAAAGAUAGAGGGAAAGCAAUUUAACCAGAGCUUAGCAAGCACGCCUAGGUCAGCCAGCAUCUCCUCAGAUAAUAUUGAGAGUGAACUAGUUACUGAGGCAUCUGCAAGUGGAUCUUUAUCUAGCGUGAAGGGGAAGCAGCAAAGUGGAACAGAACUGAACAACAAAGAUGUCAAGUACCCUGAAAGCUUUGAACGUUGGGUAACUCAUGGAGAGUUACUCUUUGUUUGAGGCUAGUGAAUAUCUCUUCUUUACCCAUACCACCCAUUCCGAAGGAUGUGGGUUCUUCCUGACUUGCUGUACAGGAAUAAAAGUGGCAGCCGCAGUAGCAGCAGCUGAUUUUUGUUCAAGAGUUACUACAAUGACAUCAUUUGGGAGGUAAUGAUGAUAGAUGUCAAAUAGUUAAUUUAACCUUUGUGCCUCCCCAAGUAGGUACAACAUUAUUAAAACAAUACUAAAACUAUCAUUCAUGUAUAUAAUUUUCAUUUAGAAAAUUAAGAAAAUUCAUAGCUGGCGCUCAGAUUACAACUCAUUUGACUUUGACCGUUCAAUUAUCAGUACUUUAAAACAUUUUUUUUUGUUAC